CCCGACCGACAGACCCAUUUUUAACAGGUCUGGUUCACUCACUCCUACUCUCUCUCCUCUCCCCCGCUGCCCAGUCUGCCGUGACCUCUCUACCCUUCUCAUCGUCCUCAAAGAAUAUUGAACCCCAUCUUCGCCCACUCCUCGUCUCCCCCAUCUCCGCUCCAAGGCGAGAUCUCAUCACCCCAUUCCCAGAUCAAUCAGAAAUCAAAACCCGAACCCAUCGAUCGAUCCAAAAGCGCCCCAAAUCCACCUCAAAUUUGCCACCAAAUGCCCCGAAUCGGAACCCAAACCUCGCACCCACCAAUUCAAAUCUGAGCUCGCCAUUUCCACUCCCACUGCCCCCCAAAUCCGCCGCCAUGGCGACCGCGCUCUCUAAAUCCACACCCAAAUCCCACCCGAGGUCGCCCACCACCGCGCAGCCGCCGCCGCCGAACCCGGGCCCCGCCGCUGCGUCGGCGGGCGGGGGCGCGGCGCCGACGUCAGGAGCCGCCGGCGCGACGCCGUCGAAGAACGCGGCGAUGGUGGAGCUCAAGUCGCGCGUGCUGGCCGCGCUCGCGAAGCUCUCCGACCGCGACACGCACCACAUCGCCGUCGAGGACCUGGAACGCAUCAUCCGCUCGCCGCCGUCCCCGGAUGCCGUGCCCAUGCUGCUCAACGCGCUGGCCUCCGACUCCCAGGGGUUCGCCUCCCCGGCCAGGCGCGAGUCGCUGCGCCUCCUUGCCACGCUCUGCGCCGCGCACCCGGAGGCCGCGGCCCCGCACCUCCACAAGGUGCUCGCCCACGUCGCGAGGCGGCUCAAGGACCCGGCCUCCGACACCUCUGUGCGCGACGCCUGCCGCGACGCUGCGGGCCAGCUCGCGGCGGUGUACCUCCGGCCGAUGGCCGCUUCCGGCGCUGCCGAGGCGGGCAAUGCGACCGUGACGCUGUUCGUGAAGCCGCUGUUCGAGGUCAUGGGGGAGCAGAGCAAGGUGGUUCAGGGUGGGGCGGCCGCCUGCCUGGCGAAGACGGUGGAAGGGGCGGGGCCUGGGCCCGGUGUCAUCGGGAUGUUUGGGAAGCUUGGUCCUAGGGUGUGCAAGUUGCUCGGCGGCCAGGGCGUGCAAGCGAAAGGGCAACUGCUCGGCGUCAUCGGAAGCUUGGCCCAGGUUGGAGCAAUCAGUCCUCAGAAUAUGCAGCAGACACUGCAAAGUAUUCGUGACUGUCUUGAGAACAGUGAUUGGGUUACUAGAAAAGCAGCUGCUGAUACAUUAUGUGUCCUGGCUACUCAUUCAGUCCACUUGAUAGGUGACGAAACGGUUCCAACCAUUGCUGCCCUUGAGGCUUGCCGUUUUGAUAAGGUAAGGCCUGUCAGAGAUAGCAUGAUUGAUGCAGUACAGUUGUGGAAAAAGUUGACGGGAGAAGAUGGAAACGCAGAUGAUAAAAAUAAGGAGCCAGUUGAUAGUGAAGCACCUACCAACAAUGAGAAAGGGUAUGGUAAUAGCAUAGCUGAAAAAGCAGCUGUUCUCUUAAAGAAAAGAUCUGCAUUAACUGACAGGGAACUGAACCCUGAGUUUUUUCAAAAGCUUGAGACAAGGAGUGCAGAUGACUUGGCUGUUGAGGUGGUAGUGCCCCGCAAGACAUUACAAUCUCAUUUGCGAAGUAAAGAUGAAUCAGAAGAAGAUGGUGACCCUGUCGGUCCUGCUAACAGCAAUGGAUCAGCUGACGAUGAAGCAAAUCUGUCUCAAAUGCGUGCUAGCUCUAACUUUCAGAACAUUCGAGAUAGAUGGGCUGGCCAAAGAGGAAAUAGAAACAAAGAUACAAAAGCUAGGACAUCGGAUAUUGAAGAUAGAAGUGAAAAUAGUGCAAAAGAUCCUGCUUCUGCAACAAUGAACAUCCCUGGAGAAGGACCUUCCAUAAAUAAUAAAACAAACUGGUUGGCAAUACAGAGACAGUUGUCACACCUGGAGAAGCAGCAAACCAGUCUAAUGAACAUGCUGCAGGAUUUCAUGGGAGGAUCCCAUGACAGCAUGGUUACUCUAGAGAAUAGAGUACGCGGUCUUGAAAGAGUUGUUGAGGAGAUGGCUAGGGAAAUAUCACUAUCAUCUGGCAGGAGAGGUGGUGGUUCGGUGCUGGGCUUUGAUUCACCUCCUGGCAGAUCAUCUAUGAAAUACAAUGGUUUUCAUGAAUAUACUAAUUCAAAAUUUGGGAGGAGUGGUGAUGGGCGGAUGGGAUUUGCAGAAAGGUAUUUUUCUGCAGAUGGUAUGGCUUCUGGUUUAAGAAGCCCAUCUUUGAGACCAGAUUCUGAACCAUGGGACUCAUACGCUUAUUCUGGAUCAAGAAGUGGUAUGAAUUCGAGGAGAGGAUUAGAUUCUGUUUCAUUUGACAAUAGGAUGCCUCGAAAUGAACGGAAUAAUGAUCAAGCAGGUCCUAGGAAAGGUUGGGAUAAGGGCCAGGGGCCCUUUAGGUUUGGUGAGGGUCCUUCUGCUCGAAGUGCAUGGCGAGCCUCAAAAGAUGAAGCAACACUGGAAGCUAUUAGAGUGGCCGGUGAAGAUAAUGGAAGUUCAAGGGCUGCUGCAAGAGUUGCUAUUCCUGAGCUAGAUGGAGAAGGUUUGAAUGGUGACAAUCAAGGGGAUGAAAGAGGCCCACUUUGGGAGGCCUGGACUCGUGCAAUGGAUGCUGUUCAUGUUGGUGAUGUAGAUUCUGCCUAUGCUGAGGUUCUUUCAACUGGAGAUGCUGAACUACUUGUAAAGUUAAUGGAGCAAACUGGACCAGUUGUUGAUCAACUUUCAAAUGAGGUUGCAAAUGAAGUCCUACACGCUGUUGGACAGUUCUUGGUGGAAGAAGGCUUCUAUGAUAUAGCUCUGAGCUGGCUCCAGCAGUUGACAGAUCUUGUAAUGGAAAAUGGAUCUGAUUAUCUCGGGAUCCCUUCAGACGCAAAGCAGGACCUUUUACUGGGACUUCACGAGGCUACCGCCAUCGAGCUGCCUGAUGAUUGGGAGGGGGCGACACCAGUGCAGAUAAUGAAGCAGCUAGCAUCAUCUUGGCGCAUUGACUUGCAGCAGCUUAUCAAUUAGACACCACUGAUUGUUUACAUAUGAGUUAAUUUCAUUUGUUCAUUACCACCUUAUCUUGUUUGGUCUGUUGCUCUUAGGAGUAUAAGUGUUAGAUUGGGCAGAAUGGAAAUGGCACUGUGUUGGAAUGGGAUUGGUUGUAGGGGGGAGUAUGAUGUUGAUAUUGUCUCACCUGCGUCAUCUUUCCUGAUUCAUAGUUUGAUUUUUCCAAUUAUAUUGUAAAACCUUGUCCUUUCGGGGUGGCCCAUGUGGUGUGAUGUAAUGUUGCAUUAGUGUACACUGAAGGUUUAAAAUGAGUAGCAAUAUAAUGUUUCUUCGGCAAAACCA